AUGGAAAGUAGCAGUAGUAUUAAGAGAGAGAGAGAGAGAGAGAGAGAGAAUUAUGAUGAGUCAUUGAAAAGAGAAGGAAGAGAGGCAAGUGGUCAGAGAGAGAGAUAGAGAGAGAGAGAGAGUGGGAGUGGGGUAAUAAGGAGAGCGUGGCUUGCUUUCGGCCAAGCUUGCUGAAGCUGGCCUCGUCUAUGCUGUAUUGGGCAGCGAGGAAUAAAAGAUCCGGGAACGUCUUCACCGCUCCUAGUUACCCACCUUUUGGCUCGCAAUACAACCUACACGUCCUCUCUCCUUCUUUGUCCUCGGUUUUCUUUCCUUCUUUCGUAAGUCGUAACACUCUUCUCUACCUUCAUUUCUCUUCCCACACACAUCUGAUCCUCUUCCUCCUCCGAAAGAAAGAGACUUUUAUUUUUAUCAUUUUCAAUCGUAUAUAAUAUGGCUCCUAUGUGAGAAUAAGGUUCAGAAUUUGUACCACGAAGCAAUAGGCCUUGUACUUUGCAGAGAUAACAUCGAAGGCAGGAGGGAAAAGAAGCUGAAAAAAAUGUGGGAUCUCAAUGACUCACCUGAUCAGAGACGAAACGACGAAUCAGAAGGCUGUUCUUCCCAGAAGACCUCAUUAGACGGGGACGAUGACAAGGGAAAAAGGGUCGGAUCCGUGUCUAAUUCGAGCUCCUCAGCUGUGGUCAUCGAGGAUGGAUCCGACGACGAUCAGGACGGCGAUAGAGAAAGAAUGAUCAAGCGGCAGGGCGUUAGCAACAGCAAGUUAUUCGGGUUCUCGUUCACGGGGACCGACCCGACACUCGUGACCAGGCAGUUCUUCCCGGUGGAAGAGUCAGAAAUGGGGGCUACAUCCGAUGCCGGAGUUUGUCCCACUGCUGCUGUUACGUUUCCUCGUGCCCACUGGGUCGGGGUCAAGUUUUGCCAAUCGGAUUCAAUAAGCCCCGGAAAGUCAGCCGAGGUCUCGCAGCCCAUGAAGAAAAGCCGGCGGGGACCGAGGUCGAGGAGCUCCCAGUAUCGAGGCGUUACGUUUUACCGGAGAACUGGCCGGUGGGAGUCUCAUAUAUGGGAUUGCGGAAAGCAAGUUUAUCUGGGUGGAUUUGACACUGCACAUGCAGCUGCUCGUGCAUAUGAUAGGGCGGCCAUCAAGUUCCGGGGUGUGGAGGCAGACAUCAAUUUUAGUCUUGAAGACUAUGAGGAAGACUUGAAACAGAUGAGCAAUCUGACCAAGGAAGAGUUCGUGCACGUACUUCGCCGACAGAGCACCGGAUUUCCGAGAGGGAGCUCCAAGUAUAGAGGUGUAACCUUGCACAAGUGUGGAAGAUGGGAGGCUCGAAUGGGCCAAUUUUUAGGCAAAAAAUAUGUUUAUUUGGGUUUGUUCGAUACCGAGAUUGAAGCCGCAAGGGCUUAUGACAAAGCGGCAAUUAAGUGUAAUGGCAAAGAGGCUGUCACCAACUUCGAUCCAAGCAUCUACGAGAAUGAGCUCGACUCUACCGAAUCUUCAAGUAUUAAUCCUGCAAAUCACAAUCUUGAUUUGAGUUUGGGCAAUUCAAACUCCAAGCAAAGUAGUGCAGCGUCGGGAAAUGAUAGUUACAGUAGCACUAAUGCUGCAACGGGACAGCGGCUGGCUUCGAUUCAGUUCGCAGCUGAUUGGCGGUACCCAGGACUUAGGUCUAAGGAACCAUGUAGAGAAGUCGACGUUGAUGCUCACAGAAGAGAAGGGUUCAACGAAACUGAAGCCAUGCAGCUUCUAAGCCGAACCCACCUUCAACCUCCACCGCCAAGUGAAAUACCGAGGCAUGGGCAAUUCAGGAGGCCUGAAGAGACCCAGAUGCUCGCCAAUUUUCCCACAUACCUUAAUUCACCCGGUUAUCAAGUUCAGUAUCCAAGCAGCAGUAUUGGGGGCUUAGUUGCUGGAGAUCUAUCACUGUCUAGUAAUGAGCAACAAUGGCAGUCCGGUCAUCCCCAGUUGUUUGCAACGGCAGCAGCAUCAUCAGGAUUCCCAGCGCAGAUGAGACCCUCACAACAUUGGCCGUUCAAAAAUGGAUUUCACUCUCUAAUGAGACCCUCUUGAUCCACUUUGUUUUUCCCUAACGUCUGCUAAUUUUUCAGGCUCUGCCAAAUUUAUUUGUGAGCUAAGUAAAACAUCAAUGUUUUCACACUUGCUCACAUUCCAAUCCCCGAUCGAAAGAACCAAAAUCAUGUUACUGAUCAGAAACGGAGAGAAAAUAUCUCCAACCCUUUGUGGAAUGUUGGUAGUGCAAACUAACAAUACGUACAACGAAAUGUUCAGCCAAAUAUAUAUUCUGGUUUUUAAGUU